AUAGUAGCAGAAGGAAACACUAAAAACAGAGAGAGAGAGAGCACCAUCGGAGAAGAACGAAAGUACGAAAGAACGAACCCAAAAAGGGAAGAAAUCGAAGAUCCCGGCGUUGUCCAGAGUCCAUCAAAGGUUGGGGGAAGUUUGAUUCUCUGUCGCCUCAGCCUCGAUUGAGCCCCAAUUUGUGGAUUCGUUCCCGCAAUCGAUCACCACAGCUCAAUAGGGGGUUUCAAACCCUAAUCUGACCAAAUUAGUCAAAAUUAAUUUACUAUUAUUUAGGAGAGGUGCUUGUACAGAGUAUGGAGUACAUUGGCUAAUGAUGAAUGUAUUAUUGCUACUAUUGCUAUUAGUAUGAAGUUAUUGCCUGGAUGGUGGAUUUGUGAGGAUUUGUUGCCGAAAAGUCUGCUAUUAGGUAAGGAUGAAUCUACAGGCGCACAUGUCAGGCCAAAUUUCUGGCCAAGUACCAAAUCAAUCUGGUCCUUUGCCUGGAAUGUCCCAGCAAAAUGGAAAUCCUUUAACUGCCCAGAUGCAAAAUCCUGUUGCUCAUGCAAAUGUGCCCAAUAUGGAGCCCGAGUUUAUAAGAGUACGCAGAAAUAUGCAGCAGAGAAUAUUUCACUAUCUCAUGCAGCGUUUGCAGCCUGCUCAUGACAUGCCACAAAGAAGGAUCGUUGAUAUAGUGAAACGUUUAGAAGAGGCUCUGUUCAAAAAUGCUGCUACAAAGGAGGAGUACAUGAACAUAGCUACCUUGGAGAAUCGGUUGCAUGUUUUAAUUGAACGCCUGCCUCUGAGUAACCAGAGUCAGCAAUACUCACAUGUGAAUUCUUCCUCUUCUAUUGGUACAAUGAUACCAACUCCUGGCAUGGCUCAAAGUGGGAAUUCGAACCUGAUGGCGACAUCAGCUGUUGAUAAUGGAAAUACUUCUAAUAAUAUUGCUUCCUCCAAUAUAAAUUCUGGAAAUUUCUUGCCUUCCCAUGGGCCCUCCGUGACUGCAGCACAUGCUGGUUCAUUCAGUUCAGCUGAUGGACCAUCUUCAAAUGGAUAUCAGCAGCCACCUUCCAAUUUUGCCAUCAGUUCUGGUGGAAGCAAUUUGGUGUCAUCUAUGGGAGCACAAAGAAUGGCAAGCCAAAUGAUCCCUACUCCUGGAUUUAAUAAUCCAGGCAGUGAGCUUAUUAAUAAUACCAGUAGUAGUCAAGCAUACAUGAAUAUGGAGUCAUCAAGUAAUGUUGGUGCAUUUUCAAGUGUUGAUUCUACGGCAAUAUCCCAACCGCUGCAGCAAAAGCAGCAUGUUGGUGGUCAAAACAGCCGAAUUUUGCACAGCCUUGGCAGCCACAUGGGUGGCGGGAUUAGGUCUGGCAUGCAGCAGAAGUCCUAUGGACUAUCAAAUGGAGUCUUAAACGGAGGAUUAGGAAUGAUGACAAGCAAUCUGCAUGUAGUAAGUGGUCCUGGGGCUUCAGAGGGCUAUAUGACUGGCACUAUGUACGGAAACUCACCCAAGCCUUUGCAACCAUCUUUUGAUCCAAAUCAACGAACAUUGGUGCAAGGGGAUGGAUAUGGGGUUAGCACUGGGGAUUCUUCAGGAUCUGGAAAUUUAUACGUCCCUGUAACUUCUGUUGGUUCGAUGAUGAACAAUCAGAACUUGAAUGCAGUUACCUUGCAGUCUAUGCCUCAAACGAGCUCUCCAUUGUUGUCAAAUCAGUCACAUCACUCGCACACUUCUCAACAGGUGGCAAGCAUUAAACCUCAGUCCAUUGAUUCCAUGGAAAAGAAUUUUCAAAACCAAAAUUCACUGACAGAGAAUCUUGGGCGAUCCCAUCCACACCAACAAUUUCAGCAGCAGUCUCAUCAAUUUCAGCAAGCACAACUGGUUCAGCAUCAACUCCAGCAAAAGCCGCAAAGUCAGCAGCACCAGCUUUUACCAAAGAAUGAUGCUUUUGGCCGGUCUCAGCUCUCAUCAGAGUUACCUGCGUCAGUUAAGACUGAACCAGGGAUAGAGCGUAGUGAAGGGGCUUUACAUUCUCAAGUCCCUGAACACUACCAGUUCUCUGAAUUGCCAAAUCAGUUUGGGCAGAAUUCUUUGGAGGAGCAUUCUAGAGGAGGUGCACAAUUAAUUUCUUUUCCAUCUGGCCCACAAGACAUUUGUCCAUCGCUAUCUCAGACUUCAGAGCAAAUGCAACAAUUAAUGCAUCAGAACCAGUUUGUUACUGACUCGCAAAGUGAUUUUGGCUGCCUCCCUAGUGGGGUUCAAUCAGAUGCUGUGGCACAGGGCCAGUGGUAUCCCGAGUCUCAGGAUCGUUCACAGGUCCCAGGGUGCUUCCCACAUGAACAAAAUGUUCAAGAGGAAUUUCACCAGAGAAUUGCAGGGCAAGAUGGAGCCCAGCAAAAUAAUUUAUCCUCAGAUGGUUCUGUUGUUGGUCAAUCUUCUGCUGCUUCUAGAUUGGAUAAGCCUUCAAAUGUAGGUGGAGCUGCCUGCAGAUCCGGUAAUCUUAGUCGUGACAGGCAGUUCAGGAAUCAGCAGAGAUGGCUUCUGUUUUUGCGACAUGCUCGUCGUUGUCCCGCCCCAGAAGGGAAAUGUCCAGAUCCCCAUUGCUUUACAGUUCAAGAGUUAUUGAGGCAUAUGGAAAAGUGUGAAUCAUUACAAUGCUCGUUUCCUCGUUGCUGUGCAACAAAGAUUCUAAUUAGUCAUCAUAAGCGGUGCAAGGAUGCUAGUUGCCCUGUUUGCGUUCCCGUAAAAAAUUUUGUGCAGGCCCAGUUAAAGGCAUUUAGUCGGCCCCAUUUUGGUUCUGGUUUUGUGAGAUCAGUCAAUGGAUCCCGUAAGCCAUAUGAGACUGGUGAAAAUACAGUUAGGUCAAAUUUGAAGACAAUAGUUGAGACCCCUGAAGAUUUACAACCAUCUAUUAAGCGCAUGAAGAUUGAGCCGCCCUCCCAAUCUGUUCAUGAAAUCCAAAAUCCAGUAGUACAAGCUCCCACUGUUAGCGAAUCUCAAGUGUUUCAUACCACACAGCAAACUGAACAAAUUGUCAAUCCGAGUAUGCCCAUGAAAUCUGAGGUUGCAGAGGUUAAGAUGGAAGUCUCUAUGAACAUUGGUCAGGGAAGUCCAAAGAAUAUUGUUGUGAAAAAGGACAAUUCAAAUGAUUCAUGUAUGCAAAGGACUGAUGCUGAUCCCGUUACGUCAAAUAACCCUGCUGUUUUGCCAAAACAGGCCAGUGUUAAGAUUGAAAAAGAAGUGGAUCCAGCUAAAGAGGAAUCCAACUCAUUACCUGCCGAUAAUGCUGGUGCUUCAAAGUCUGGGAAGCCAAAAAUUAAGGGAGUCUCACUGACUGAAUUGUUCACACCUGAGCAAGUUCGGCAGCAUAUAAUAGGUCUCAGGCAGUGGGUUGGCCAGAGUAAAGCAAAAGCAGAAAAAAAUCAAGCGAUGGAACAAUCAAUGAGUGAAAAUUCUUGUCAGUUAUGUGCAGUUGAGAAGCUCACUUUUGAACCACCACCGAUAUAUUGCACCCCAUGUGGUGCUCGCAUUAAAAGAAAUGCAAUGUACUACACAAUUGGAACUGGUGAUACUCGGCAUUACUUCUGUAUUCCUUGCUACAACGAGGCUCGUGGAGACACCAUCAUAGCCGAUGGAACAGCAAUCCCCAAAGCAAGGCUUGAGAAGAAGAAAAAUGAUGAGGAGACUGAAGAAUGGUGGGUUCAAUGUGACAAAUGUGAAGCUUGGCAACACCAAAUUUGUGCAUUGUUUAAUGGUAGAAGAAAUGACGGUGGACAAGCCGAGUAUACUUGCCCAAAUUGCUAUGUAGAAGAAGUUGAAAGAGGGGAGCGCAAGCCAUUACCACAAAGUGCUGUCCUUGGAGCAAAAGAUCUACCAAGAACCAUUUUGAGUGAUCACAUUGAGAUGCGGUUAGCAAAGCGACUGAAACACGAAAGACAAGAGAGAGCAAGUGUUCAAGGAAAGAAUAUUGAUGAGGUUCCUGGAGCAGAAGGACUCGUUGUAAGAGUAGUUUCAUCUGUGGACAAAAAGUUGGAUGUAAAGCCACGGUUUCUUGAGAUUUUCCAAGAGGAAAACUAUCCAUUGGAAUUUCCAUACAAGUCCAAGGUAUUACUCUUGUUCCAAAAGAUUGAAGGGGUAGAAGUAUGCUUAUUUGGCAUGUAUGUUCAAGAAUUCGGAUCAGAAUGCCAGCAACCCAAUCAUCGGCGUGUUUAUCUUUCAUAUCUGGAUUCGGUUAAAUAUUUCAGACCAGAGGUGAAAACUGUGACUGGAGAAGCUCUCCGUACAUAUGUGUACCAUGAAAUUUUGAUCGGAUACCUGGAAUAUUGCAAAAAGCGGGGCUUUACAAGUUGUUAUAUAUGGGCUUGUCCUCCACUAAAGGGUGAAGAUUAUAUCUUAUAUUGCCAUCCAGAAAUCCAGAAGACGCCAAAAUCUGAUAAACUUAGGGAAUGGUACUUAUCAAUGUUAAGAAAAGCUUCAAAGGAAAAUAUUGUUGUAGAUCUUACUAAUUUGUAUGACCAUUUCUUUGUAAAUACGGGUGAAUGUAAAGCUAAGGUAACGGCUGCUCGGCUACCGUAUUUUGAUGGAGAUUAUUGGCCUGGGGCUGCAGAAGAUAUGAUAUACCAAUUGCAACAAGAGGAGGAUGGCAGAAAACAGCAUAAGAAGGGAACUAUAAAAAAGACCAUAACAAAGAGAGCUCUAAAAGCAUCCGGUCAGACUGAUCUUUCUGGCAAUGCGUCAAAGGAUCUGCUACUAAUGCAUAAACUUGGAGAAACUAUAUGUCCAAUGAAGGAGGAUUUUAUCAUGGUUCACUUGCAACACGCUUGCACUCACUGCUGCAUUCUAAUGGUAUCUGGAAACCAAUGGGUUUGCAAUCAGUGCAAAAAUUUUCAGCUCUGUGACAGGUGUUAUGAAGCUGAGCAAAAACUUGAAGACAGAGAGAGACAUCCUAUCAACCAGAAAGACAAGCAUGCUCUUUAUCGAGUUGAAAUCAAUGAUGUACCAGUAGAUACCAAAGAUAAAGAUGAAAUCCUUGAGAGUGAGUUCUUUGACACCAGGCAGGCAUUUCUGAGUCUCUGUCAAGGAAAUCAUUAUCAGUAUGAUACCCUCCGCCGUGCUAAACAUUCAUCCAUGAUGGUUCUUUACCAUCUUCACAAUCCUACUGCCCCAGCAUUCGUGACGACAUGCAAUAUAUGCUUUCUGGAUAUUGAAGCUGGUCAAGGCUGGCGCUGCGAAACUUGCCCAGAAUAUGAUAUAUGCAAUUCAUGUUACCAAAAAGAUGGUGGGAUUGAUCAUCCUCAUAAGUUGACCAAUCAUCCCUCCAUGGCUGAACGUGAUGCACAAAACAAAGAAGCAAGACAAAUGCGGGUCUUACAGCUUCGUAAAAUGCUUGACCUUCUGGUGCAUGCUUCUCAAUGCCGUUCUCCACAAUGUCAAUACCCGAAUUGCCGCAAGGUUAAGGGUCUUUUCCGCCAUGGAAUACAGUGCAAAACACGUGCCUCUGGAGGCUGUCUUCUCUGUAAGAGAAUGUGGUAUCUCCUUCAACUGCAUGCCCGAGCGUGCAAAGAAUCUGAAUGCCAUGUUCCACGUUGCAGAGAUUUGAAGGAACACUUGAGAAGGCUACAACAGCAGUCUGAUUCCCGACGCAGAGCUGCUGUGAUGGAAAUGAUGAGACAGCGUGCUGCGGAGGUUGCUGGUAAUGCUGGAUGAGCAAGUUGUACAUAAUGGAUGGAUACUUUGAAGAAAUGCUUCUAAGAGUAAGGUAGAUUAAUUACACAUCUUAAAGAGCUUAUUCUGUGGGCUGUAACCGGGUGCCGACGAUUAAAAACUGCACUUGUUGAUAAAUUAACUGGAUAAAGCUCCAAGGCAAAAGAACUGAUAGGAGGUUGACUGGGUAUAUUCCUGGGCUAUAAUUCUUUCAUACGUACCUCUCUGAAGUAGCUCCAUGGUAAAGUUCAUAUGUCAGAGCUGCUUGCUGCACUUCACUCAGCUGCCUUUUUACAGGGAGAAAGUUUGUCUCAAUAUCCAAGCUUUGGGGCUACGAGUGAUUCUUUUAUUUUUGGUUCUCAUGUAUUUUAUGGUUGCCAUCCUGUGUUGGCCUGUGUACCAUAGCUCUAGUGAAUCUACUGAUCUCAUGUUUGUAGAAUGUUUACCCGCCGAAGGAAAAUUGUGUUGGGAGAUUCGAGUAUCUUUUUCUCCACUCUCUUGUUUCAUCUCUUCCCUAACCCUAUUUUCUGGGUGAACUUUGAUCUUUAAAUGUCUGUAGAUGGGCUUUGUUUCUUC